CGUAGUCGGUGUCACGUCCGCGUUCACGAGGACUUUGUGUGGACUCUCGACGAAUAAACUGGUGCGUAGUUACGGUUAUUUGUUCCUGACCUGUGGAAAUACUGGAGGACGUUACGAAAGCACCAGCGGAGUGCAUGUUGUGGCCAUGGAAAGCGUCCUGGAACCUCAUCGCUGUUGGCCCUCCAAUUUCCUGGAGGCCGGUGGUGUCAGUGACACCAGAGAAUAAUACGAGCUGCUAGCGUGAAAGAAGUGCAGUAGAGGUUGGCUCAGGCCAACUCCAGCGGGACGAGGCAAAAUGGCAACAGUAGACGGCCGACCAGCCCAAUAUGGUAUCACUCUCAAACAACUCCGCGAGCUCAUGGAGCUCCGAGGACGAGAAGGUGUCAAUAAAAUCAAUAGCUAUGGUGGUGUGCAGGAGAUUUGUAAAAAGUUAUACACUUCACCCAGUGAAGGUCUCAGCGGAUCGGCGGCAGAUAUUCAACACAGACGGGAUACGUUCGGUUCGAAUCUAAUACCUCCAAAACCACCAAAAACGUUUCUACAGUUAAUAUGGGAAGCUCUUCAGGAUGUCACGUUGAUCAUCUUGGAAGUAGCUGCAUUGAUUUCGUUAGGUCUUAGCUUUUAUCAACCGGCGGAUGAUGAGGAAAGCCAUUUGAUAGACGAGGAUGAGUCGAAGUACGGCUGGAUCGAAGGAGCUGCUAUAUUUAUUUCUGUGAUUUUGGUGGUAAUAGUAACAGCUUCCAAUGACUAUUCGAAGGAGAAACAGUUCAGGGGCCUCCAGAGUCGGAUCGAGGGUGAACACAAAUUCUCCGUGAUUCGGCAAGGAGAAGUCAAACAAAUCUCGGUGGCUGACAUCGUCGUAGGUGACAUUUGUCAGAUUAAGUACGGAGAUCUUCUGCCAGCCGAUGGUACCCUCAUUCAGAGCAACGAUCUCAAAGUCGAUGAGUCCAGUUUGACCGGAGAGUCAGACCAUGUUAAAAAGGGGGAAGGGUUCGAUCCCAUGGUACUCUCAGGCACGCACGUGAUGGAGGGCUCCGGGAAAAUGUUAGUUACUGCGGUGGGCGUGAACUCGCAGGCCGGUAUUAUCUUUACUUUAUUGGGUGCUGCUGUUGAUCAGCAAGAGCAGGAGAUCAAGAAGAUGAAAAAAGAGGCUAAGAAGCAGCGGAAGAAGAAGUCAUUAACAGGAGAUGAGGGUGUAGAGAUAACCGGAAACAGCCAUGUGAGCAGUGGUAAGCACGAAGCCGGGGAGAAUCACCACGCGCCCAGCCAAGGAGCCGCAGCUGGGGAGGGAAAGAAGGAGAAGAGUGUUCUUCAAGCCAAGCUAACUAAACUCGCCAUACAAAUCGGUUAUGCCGGCUCGACCAUAGCGGUGCUCACCGUUAUCAUUCUAGUCAUACAGUUCUGCGUAAAGACGUUCGUCAUAGAUGAAAAACCUUGGAAAAAUACGUACGCCGGUAAUCUGGUGCGGCAUUUGAUCAUCGGUGUAACGGUACUCGUUGUCGCCGUUCCCGAAGGUCUUCCCCUGGCUGUCACCCUGUCUCUCGCCUAUUCCGUUAAGAAAAUGAUGAAAGACAACAACUUGGUGCGGCACUUGGACGCCUGCGAGACAAUGGGCAACGCCACGGCGAUUUGCUCGGACAAGACCGGAACCCUGACGACCAACCGGAUGACCGUCGUCCAGUCGUACAUCUGCGAGAAGAUGAGCAAGACGACUCCGAUGUCGCAGUUCUCCGACAUCCCGAGCCACGUCGGGAACUUGAUAGUCGAAGCUAUAUCCAUUAAUUCCGCGUACACAUCCAGAAUAAUGCCCUCGCAGGACCCUACAGAGUUGCCGCAACAGGUCGGCAAUAAAACCGAAUGUGCCUUACUUGGAUUUGUAUUAGCCCUGGGCAUGAACUAUCAAACGAUACGAGACGAUCAACCCGAAGAAACUUUCACGCGGGUGUACACGUUUAAUAGCGUUAGGAAGAGCAUGUCGACCGUCGUUCCGAGGAAGGGAGGCGGGUACAGGCUCUUCACCAAGGGCGCUUCCGAGAUCAUCAUGAAGAAAUGUGCCUUUAUAUACGGUCGCGAUGGUCAUUUGGAGAAAUUUACCCGAGACAUGCAGGAGCGGCUGGUGAAGAACGUGAUCGAGCCGAUGGCGUGCGACGGUCUGCGCACGAUCUCCAUCGCGUACCGCGACUUCGUCCCUGGCAAGGCCGAGAUCAACCAGGUUCACAUCGACAACGAUCCGAAUUGGGACGACGAGGAGAACAUCGUGAACAACUUGACGUGUCUGUGCAUCGUCGGCAUCGAGGACCCGGUACGUCCCGAGGUGCCAGACGCGAUCCGGAGGUGUCAGAAGGCCGGUAUCACCGUCCGCAUGGUCACCGGCGACAACAUAAACACCGCGCGUUCGAUCGCCAUGAAAUGCGGCAUCCUGAAGCCGAACGAGGACUUCCUGAUCCUCGAGGGUAAAGAGUUCAACAGGAGGAUACGGGACAGCAACGGGGAGGUACAGCAGCACCUGUUGGACAAAGUGUGGCCGAGGUUGAGGGUGUUGGCUAGGUCGUCGCCGACGGACAAAUACACGCUCGUUAAGGGAAUAAUCGAAAGUAAAGCGACCACGAGUCGCGAGGUGGUCGCCGUAACCGGCGACGGUACGAACGACGGUCCCGCGUUGAAGAAGGCCGACGUCGGUUUUGCCAUGGGCAUCGCCGGUACCGACGUCGCCAAGGAGGCUUCCGAUAUCAUUUUAACGGACGAUAAUUUCUCGUCGAUCGUGAAGGCGGUUAUGUGGGGUAGAAACGUCUACGAUAGUAUAGCGAAGUUCUUGCAAUUUCAGCUGACCGUCAAUAUCGUCGCUGUUAUAGUUGCUUUUAUCGGAGCGUGUGCCGUGCAGGACUCACCCCUUAAAGCGGUGCAGAUGUUGUGGGUGAACUUGAUCAUGGACACGUUAGCGUCGCUAGCAUUGGCCACCGAAAUGCCUACGCACGAUCUACUGCUUCGUAAACCGUACGGUCGCACGAAGCCGCUUAUCUCCAGGACGAUGAUGAAGAACAUCCUCGGCCAGGCUGUCUAUCAGUUGACCGUUAUUUUUAUGCUUCUUUUCGUUGGUGAUAAGAUGCUCGACAUCGAAACGGGCCGGGGAGUCGCGGAGGCUGGCGGCGGUCCAACGCAGCACUUCACCGUCAUCUUCAACACGUUCGUUAUGAUGACUCUUUUCAACGAAUUUAACGCCAGGAAAAUCCAUGGUCAGCGUAAUGUCUUCCAAGGAAUAUUCACCAACCCCAUCUUUUAUUCUAUCUGGAUCGUGACGUGUCUAUCGCAGGUAGUUAUCAUACAGUACGGUAAAAUGGCGUUCAGCACGAAAGCUCUCACAUUAGAACAAUGGAUGUGGUGCCUGUUCUUCGGGAUCGGCACUCUAUUGUGGGGCCAAGUAAUUACGACUAUUCCUACGCGCAAGAUUCCUAAAAUCUUUUCAUGGGGCCGCGGCCAGCCGGAUGAUAUCGGUGCGAUCAAUCUCGGAGAUGAGAAAUUCGACCCUGACUCGGAUAAAAAGCCGCGCGCAGGACAAAUUCUAUGGAUCCGUGGUCUAACACGACUACAGACACAGGUAAUAGGUGGCGAGUUGCAGGAACGUUUGAUACCAGUACCCUACAGCAAGAGUUCGACAGACCAAGCUAUCCGCGUAGUGAACGCAUUUCGGCAGGGCCUAGACGCGCGCUACACGAGCGAGCACAGCAGCACUACAUUGGCGGAAGUACUGAGAAAGCAGUCGUCCUUGAGUAAGCGGCUCUCGCAGACGAGCAGCAUCGAAUACGCCGACAACAACCCAGACGAGCUGACCAUACCCGAGAUAGACGUGGAGAGGCUGUCGAGUCACAGUCACACCGAGACCGCCGUUUAAGCGCGGGACGAAAAGAAGACGAAGGAAGCAAGAAGAAGAAAGGGUUGCCACGCGACGCGACGACGACGACGACGACGACGACGACGACGACGACGCGACGGCCGUUCGAAAUCCUCGCUCUGUGUUACGUUCGCUACUUCUGUGUUUUCACACACACGACGACACACGGUCAUCCUCAUCCUUGUUUCUCUCGUGGCCAGCGCGUUCGGAGAACAACUAAAUAUAAUAUGUAUAAGAGAACCGUGUGCGUCGAUCCUCCUGGACGAGAUUACGGACAAAAGAGGAUCGGUAUUCCUAAACUAGUCAAAACAAACAAACAAACAAACAAAAAAAUGAAAAAAAAAAAUGGAAAAAAAAGAUAACGAGGAACGAGUAAUCGUGACGCGAGUUAGGUCCUCGUCAUUUUUUCUCUCUGUGCUUUGUCAACGACGGUCGAUGGAACGGACGAUCGGAUCGUGCGUCAGCUAAAAACUUAACUAUCGCGAUGCUCGAUCCUCGGGGGAAGGAUAGGAAAAGGAAGAAAGAUAGAAAUCGUGACGACGACGACGACCUUCUGCCCGCGAGACGUCGUCGCGGACACCUCAGCUGAUCCGUGCGAAACACCAACUAUAGGAUACCAAAGUAACGCACCACUGCCUUCCCUCCGUUUAGUUUAGUCGUUAUACUUACGUUUCCUUCGGUUUUUCUUUCUCCUCUCUCUCUCUCUCUCUCUAUCUAUAUAUCUCUCUCUCCUCGUUUCCCUCGCUCUCUGACAGACUAAAUGUCCAUCUCGUCACCCAUCCUCCUUCUCUUCCUCUGCUCCUCUUCUGUCCCCCCUGUGAUCGUUCGUUUUCUUCUAUCCCACGAAAUCGCACCGCAUGGAAUUGUACCAGAGAGACACGAAGAGAGCAAGGUGCUCCUCUUGACUUUUCUUCGUUGUUCGCGCUCGCCGGCUUCUCUUCGCGCCAUUUUUUACUGCCAUCCAUCCAUCGGCCACUUAUCUCUCUCUAUCUAUCUAUCUCUAGCUCGCACAAUACUCGCUACACUCGUCCCCAUUUUCUACUCGUCAGCUUUUCUCCACUCGACGUUCUUUUCAUCGUUUCCGCUGGCUAUCCGUCUGUCUACUAUCUGUGUCUCUGUCUCUCUUCCUCGCUCUUUCUCGCGUGACUUAAAACAUGAUCUAGUCACUAGUUUGUAUCGCUAAAUACUUCCGUGAAUAUACUCAGCACUGGGGGUGCCUUACCAAGAGAAACAAAGUUAAAAGGGGGAAAACAAGAAGAAUCGCGCAUCGUUCUUUGGUCUCGCGUGUAAAACGAGGUACGAGAGAGUGAAACGAACGUUUUCUCGCGCCGAUUCUUCUUUGGCCACCUACGCGUAAUCAGGGGGGGAGGGGGUUGGAUGGGGUGGAUAAUCAACGGAGGGAAACAGGUGUCUAACGAAAGUAAACGAGAUCUGUAAAAAGGGGAACGGAUUCCACGACAUUGCCAUUAUUACGCUUAAAUCGAUACGAAGAUCCUGAUAGUAAAGACGUUGAUCACGCCACGGUACGAAGACCCGCAUGUUGUAAUUUUUAGUAAUAAAUAUAUAGCCACGAUUUACCCAGACGUCGAAACCAUCGAACGAGACACCUUCUCUUCUGACCACGUUCCAUCUCAGGACUCAGUUCACUAUCUCAAUUUCUUUCCGUCGUUCCGCUUGUCCGCGUAACUGUAAUUAUUCUCAGGACCUGUCGAUCGCCGAUCGGGAACGAGCCGCGCGCGUCGGCCGCGUCUUCGAUCCGCAAAGGAUCGGAGCCGGACUCCGACGCCCGGCCGGUCGCGAUCGCGAGCUUCGAGGACGCCGAUCCGACGAUCUCGUGCGCGUCGCCGGAGGGCCGGGUCCCUUGUUUUAUCAUUUUCCUUUCUCACCGUCGUUUCGGAAGAACCAGUGUAGAUGGUAUUCGUGUCACCUGACUACUAAACCUUUUGCAAUGCCGUCGACGGGCGUCCGCCCCGAGACGAGUAUAAUAAGUUUUUAACGAGAUAUAGCAAAACGUCUAACUAUAUACGAGAACCGCUGCCAAAUGAAUGAGAAGCGAUACGUGACGCGUGUUUACCGAGUCUCCAUGAAGUCAGUAGCCAGUAUAAAUAUAUUAUACGAUAUGUAAAAAAUAUAUAUAUAUUCGUUCGAGAUGUGUACGUGUAGCUUUCUAAAAUUCGUUCGAUGUGUGUGUGUGUGCUGGGACCGGAAACGCGGGAGGCCGGGUGGGGGGAGGGUUUACGAAAGAGCGGGUGGGUGGUUUGGGGCAGGGGUUGAACGCGAGAGAUGCGCGGGGUUAAAUUCGAGGGCUCGCGGACGAGAGAACAAUUUUUCGUAGGUCCGUUCGAAAGAGAGAAAAGGGAUAAAGAAAAGGCUUUAAAUGGCCUAUUUACAUGCACUUAUUCUAGUCUUAAGCACUCUAUAUGCCUUACACUGCCAGUUAUAAAGACGCGCUGUUCUUAUGGAUACCUGUAAACGGUACACACACAUAUAUACGUGUAUGUAUAUAUACAACGAUGCCAUCGUCGCCGUUUAUCCGUCGACGUCGUCGUCGUCCUCGCCGUCAUCGCGAUGUACUUUGUUCGAAACGUUCAUCACCCAGCAUCGUUUCUUUCCCAUCCUUCGGAAUUCCCUUUCUUUGCGACCACCCACAGCUUUCCUACGGCCUCUCUCUCUCUCUCUCUCUGUGCGUGCUGGCUAGUCCCUUCGCACCCCGUCGUCCGUCUCUCUCUCUCUCUCUCUCUCUUUCUCCCGAUCCUCGAAGAAUACUCGUCGCGCGCACGUAUAUGUUUCACUCUCUCUCUUCUCUCUUUUUUUAUCGGAGCUCGGAGAUGCACAAACGAUGUUACUCGGUGGGAACCUGACCUAAGACCGCUACUAAUUUCACGCAGGCUUCGAUAGACACGGUCGCGGACCGAUUUCAAAAAGGUUGAGCAAGUUCAGCGCGCCGAUCGCUGCUCGUCACGGAAAGAGAUGAUCAAAAACACACACAGACGGACACACACACACACACACACAUACACACAUACAGACAGCUUGCCGUUAUCGAGGCCGCUGCAUGCUCGGUACCGACACGAUAUUCUGAUUGUUGCCGUUCUCUCACCCCGUUCGUCAUCCUCGUUGUGUACCUCUUUGCGUUAUUAUGUUCUGCCCACCGCCGAGAUCGCACCGAUCAUCCGAGUGAACUCGGUAUACAACCGAAGAAGGAAAAACGAAAACAAAAAAAAAAAAGAAAGAAGAAGAAGAGAAAAAUCGACUCGUCACACUCGUCCCGUCCCUAAAACUGCAUUAAGCAUCUUUUUACGCUCCGAUCGUUCUUACUCUGUACUCUAUAUUUAAACGCAUUUCGCGACUAUUUAAGAUUGUGUAGAGUAUAUAAAGAAUAAUAUCGCGCGGCAAGCCUGGAAAGCGAAAGGGAGGCCGAUAGUUUCUCGACGGCCGAGACACAACGAGAGUCGUGAGGAAAGAGAGAAACGGAGAACUGAGAGCGCAGCCGAUGUUGUCGCGCGUUACGAGAGAAUUAAAAGGGAAUUGAACUAGGGAGAAAAAAAAAAAAUGGUUCUCGUAGCGGGAAGAAGAAACUGUCCUUGUAUAUACCUCGCGACGACGACGCGUCGUCACCAGUGCGAAUCCUUGGAGGACCGGCCGCCCCGAGGACGUCUUCUCCAAGCCCGUUUUCCUCCGACGUUUCCUACGGGCAAGAACGGAAAAGGAACAAGAAGACGACGAGAAGAGGAACAUAGUACAUAGUGCGAAAGCCAGUGAGAAGAGAUUUUUGUGCAGCGGUUAGAUAUUGCACCGAUCCGUAAAAAAAAAAGAAAAUACGUCGUUUCACGUCUCACGCUUCGAACUGAUCAUCGAUCCCGUCGAAGAGAUCGAGCCGUCUUCUCACAUACAGUGUACAUAUACUGCAUAUAUAUAUAUUAUAUAGUAUAUAUAAUAUUGUAUACAUAAAUAUAUUAUACGACACGUAUAAUAUUUAUAUGUAUACAUAUAUUAUAUACAUAUAUACAUACAUCUAAGCCUUUGAUCGAUCAUCGAUCCGCGGAUCCUUUUCGCGAUUGCUCUGUACGACCCAAACGGACAGCAAGAACUUCAUUUUCGUUCCGCUUUUCUACUAUUCUUUUGAAAGAAUCGGGUGAGUCGCGAUCGCGGAAAGGGCCCCGAAGAUCGACCGAAAGAACAGAUUGUUUUUUUGUUUUUUUUUUUUAAAAGAAAAAAAGGUUGCUCGGCGAAAGGGAGUAGCUGCAUGACAGUUGUAUAUCCUUGUAAAGUAAAUCUGAUCGCUCUACUAAAAGUAAUGAAAAAUGAUAGGCGGUCACCGGCGACUUCCGUGUUGAGAGGAAGUCGGCGCGGCUGCCAUCGGCUCGGGUAUUUCCAGAACGCAGGAUUAAUCCUUUCGCGGCGUUUAAAGAUUUAUCGUCGACCGUUGUCCUCUGUCCUUGUUGAAUCAGUAAUAAUGGUGUUAGCGAUAACGACGGAUUCGCGACUGGAAAUCUGCGGCUGCGAAAGGAUUAAUCUCGGGAGGUCUGUGGCUGGUGCGUGUGGCAGAAUUGAUAAAACGCUCGUUCGUUCCCGUUGCACCGGUUAAAGGAGAUAGUAGAGCGCGGUCGGAAUAUUUUUAACGGCAGAUUUCUGUCGAGUCUGCGAGACGCAUGGCCACGGAUCCGCGAUCUGGUAUUUCCGGUCUAUCGUCGAACGACGGGCACGUCGUGAUCUAAACAGAUCCUCUUCGAACCCGUCUAUCGAGUUUCAAGUUCAAUCGUGCCACGACGUGCCCAUCGCUGGAACAGUAAACGUGCCACUGCCCGCGAGACGCCGGAUGUGUCGACAAUUUCGUACUGGCAUUUAACGCGCGCUGCAAUUUUCUCUUGGUUUUACGCUCCGCCAUUGUUCGAUAAUCGCCCCUCCGUAAAGCAUACGUGCGUCGAGAUCUUCCACCGCGGUCUCCGUGGUCCGAAAGCGGUUCACGCCCCGGGUCAGAGCCGAUAGCAGCUAUCGACGACGUCUGUGUCCUCCAGCUUGCUGCGAACAGAACGCGAAGGAGAACGAGGAUCGGAAGAGCUCGAUUCGCGUGGUCGCGAAGAAAGAAGAGAGACAAGUUGAUCAGCGUUAAUCGCGUCCUUGUACCAUAAGCAAUAACGAUAACGAUUAAAAUGAAAUUAGAGAACGAUUGGAAGAUCGAUGACUGCAAUAUCUCACUGCUGGAUCGAUUCCGAGGGGGGAAAGGGGUGUUCUCGCAGAGCCGUGACGAACUUUCUUGGACGAAAGAUAGAAAGAAGCUACUUUAGACGCGUCGAUACUUGUAUUUAAAGAAACAAACAAACUAUGCGAAUCUAUCGAAUAAUUAUAUUUUACACACCUAGCGACGUUUAUUCUCGCCCCAUUGUUUAGAAGAUCUUGUCGUUUCAUUUGAGUAAUUAAAGUACAAGAUUACUUACGAGAUAUAUGAAUGAUAAAAAGGGAUAAACCUGUAAAACUUGUUCAAUCUUCGCCGACACUGUCGCGCCUUCACUCAUUAUCCUUGCUGCUGCUGCUGCUGCUGCUGCCGCCCGCUGUUCAAUCACCGUUCUCUGCAUCCUUUUCCCGCCGCCGUUUUCGCGUUCCACGAUUAUCGUCGCCGAUAAUCGGUGGCCCGACGGUCGAUCGUCGAAUCUAGAUGUACCAUUUUUUUUUUUCCUUUCGGUGAAUAAAACAAAAGCAGGAGGACAGAAACUUUUCCGUCGUUAGGGAAAACGGCCGGGAUUUCGAGUCGAUGAUCGAUCGCGUGAUUAACGGAUCCAGAGCGACACGAGAAAACUCACCAUUCGCGGUUGGGACCAAGUCUCGACGAUCGUCAAGUGUAAAUUAGAAAGACGAACCGACGAACAAAAAGAAAUAUGCUGUUACAAAAGAUAGAAACCAAAAAGAAAAAAAAAAAAUACAAAAAGGAAACGCGAAAGAGACGAUUUCUUUCGACAGCUUACUCGUGUCUCGUCGUUUGUAAAACUCCUAGCUGACGUCGUGCACGCGAUCACAUAAGUUACAUACGGAGAACGCGCGAGCGUACGUUAAUUACGUUUUCCGUCGUUUUCUCAAAUUGACUGGAUUUACGGGCAAUCGAUCGACGCUUCGCGAAACGCGCGUCCAACCAGAUGAUUAAUUAAACGACGGCGUUCGUCGGUCUCGCAAGCGUGUCCGCGUGUUGCCUCCGUGAAAUGGAUCAAAUUGAACGAAGUACGGUAUGGACAUUGCGUUUGUGCUUGCCGGCUGUACGAGGUAAAUAUAUAUAUAUAAUAUAAAGGCGGCGAAGGUAAUCGAAGGACCGAACGAUAUGUCUCUCUGUGAAACAAGCCUUCGUUUCCAACGUACGUCUCCUAGGGGGUCACGCGAAUUGUUUUUUGCAGGGAAAAAUAAAAAGUAUUCGAGAACGCAACACUUGGCGGAAAAAAACUAAAUAUAUUAAGCUAGUUAUUUAUAGCGUGUUCCCUCCCGAAAAGCGUUAUUUCCGGGGGAACGAGAUUUAUUCCACUUGUCGGAUGGGUUACGCCGGUACCGAUGCCGAGAGGAAGUGAGAAGGAGCGUGGCUUUCGAUUCUCACACACACGGUCUGGAUCAAAGACACACGAGCAGCAAAAAAAAAAAAA